AUGCACCAGUCAUUCUACCCCAUUAACCAGGGCGCUUCGCGCAUCACCAUCCAAGACGGCCAGCGAUAUGCAGACGUCAAGGAAGACAUCACGGCCAGCGCCAAGUUCUCUUUCGUCGGCGAGGCCAGCCUUCUCGCCAGGGUCCUCGACGGCAGCAUCGGCGGCGGCGCAAGCCUGAAGGGCCAGCGGAGCGAGGAAAACGUGUACAUGGUCGCGCGGCUGGAGACGGCCUACUUCCACCCCUCGCCGAGCUAUUUCAAGCAGUGCCUGGGGCUCACCGAGCUCAUUACGGGGCUGAAGAUCGCCUGGGGCGCUACGGUCUCGACGGAGUGCGGCCGCGAGUUUACGGGCACGGCAGGCGCGGAUGCUCAAGUGCCGGCCGGGCUUGUCGAUGUCCAGGUAGGGGCCCACGCCGCGGUUUCGACAGCGUCCAGGACCGUGUCAGCUUUCGGCAAGCCGGCCGACUUUGUGCUGGGCAUCCAGGUGCAAAAGCUAUAUCAUAAGCGGGCGUUCCUCGUCGGUCGCCCGUCCCUAGCAACUAAAAGGGUAGCCAGGAAUGCGGUAUUAGCGGAUGACGAGCCGGUCUCUGAGGAGGACGACUGCGAACCUUUCACAGUCACAGAUUUAGAUGGGAGCGAUGUUGAUGGUUUCGUCCCCAUGGAUACGGGGGGCGAAGAUGAGAUAUGGUUCGUUCCUUGCGGUCUGGCAUAG